AUGCGCCUUACCGCGAUCCUUUCCCUUGCUCUUGCGGCAACCCACGCGGUUGCCCAGGAUGAAAACGCGACGGCUAGCGAUGAAAACGCGACGGCUAGCGAUGAAAACGCGACGGCUAGCGAUCAAACCAUCCCCGACGUUGCUGAGGUUCAAAACAUCACCGAAGUUGAGCAACCUCAAGUCAUCCCCGAGGUCGUCAGUGUCCAAAGCAGCUUGGUUGGCGUAGCGCCUGAAGUGUCCACCGAGGCUGCGGACGAGACCCCUGUCGCUGCCGACACUGAGGCGGCUGAACCGAUUCUGAGCAGCUUGAGAGAAGAGCUCCAACAGAUUACGGAGAAUAUCGAGACCGCAGCCACUACUAUCAACUCCACCGAGAACGAGGGCGUUCAAACUCAAGGGGCAGAUCGUCUCGAGUCGGCGGUGGCUGCUAUAGCGGAGCUUCUGCAGCAAGCCCGCCAGCAAAUCGAAUCGGGUGAAACUGGAUCUGGAAACGUGGCCCGCUCGGCAUACACAUCCUCAUCGUCCUCCUCCUCCUCAUCCUCCUCGUCUUCGUCGUCUUCUUCCUCGUCGUCGGACUCAGACUCAGGCUCGUCGUCGGACUCAGACCGUGAUGGAAGGUAUGGAAAGCGGGAUAGCGGGAUCAAGAAGCGAGCCCCACAGUCUCCCUCGGGAUAUGACUACAGUGGCUGCUUUCUUUUCGACUACAGGUUCCGGGGGAAUUCCGUGUGGCCAAGCGGAGGCCUCGCCACGUCGUUGAACAGCAUCAACCAAUGCCGAAACGUGGCUCGGGGCGCACGGUACCUGGGCGCCACGGAUCUUAGCGGUGUCCCCGGCAAUGCCUUCCUCUGCGAAUGGGGGAGCAAUACCAUCCCAAGCUUUAACACUCUCAGGCAAUAUCCCGACUUCCUCUGCAACCAUCGCUGCCCGAAUGGACAAGAGGGCUGUGGUGGCAAUUGCUUCAGGUUCAACGGCCGCCCCUAUUGCUUCUAUAGCAUCUACCGCCGCCGCGGUGGUAAUUGCGGCGGGGAGAUCCAACAGAUCCUAGACCUUAUCGAUUUUAUCCGGCGAUUGAUCGAGGGACUUCAAGGCAAGGGCCAAUUCACUGGAAUCGAAGCCGCGAUCAACACUCAACAACAAAUUGAGAAUGAUUCCGACUUUAUCAGGCAGGCUCUUGGGUGCUAG